UCAGAAAUAACCACUGGAACCUCCUUCGGUGCAGACGGACCUAGUGUGUCACCUGAAUCCCAGCCCAGUGGUCACAACACUCAGUCUCCGGGAAUAAAUAUAAACAUUGCAGUCUUGGCGCUGGAAUACCUCAAGCCAAGUUCUUUGGAAAGUUACUCUGCGACAGGAGUGAGUGUCGAUUCGAGAAAAUUUGGUGUUCUGGGGCCUCGUGCGGCCCCAUGGCGGAUGGUGAUGGAGCAGGUGGAAUUCUCAAGUGAUUCUGACGUGAAGAUAAGGCCGUACAAUGAUGCUUCGCUAGUGUAAUAUAACAUGAUGCCGUCUGUGAGGUGGCUCCUGCUGCCCCUUCUCGGAUACACCCUCCUGGUUACGCCCUUCUGGAGUGUCCUCUUCAGCACUACUUUCACGACCGAGCCAAACGAGGUGAAGUCACACUUCGACUACAGUAAGACUGCCCAAACAUAUCGCCCGGUUUCGUCGAGGGACGGCAAAGGUUCGCUCUCUCGUGAUGCCAAUAAGAGACAACACUCAUGGGGCAUAUCCGAUGUCGAUCACGUGGACGUAGAACCUCUUAAACUCUACAGACCAAAUUGGCAAUCUGGUCAUGGACCCUUACCUGGGAUAGCCCACAGAGACCUCCACCCUGUUCAUAAAAGAAACACAUACUUAGGAACCUGGAAUCAACGGGGCUCUCGAUUCCAGCGAUCCGUACAGCAAGAGGACGACGAUUCCUCUCAGAGGGAACCCGGAGACAGCCUCAUUCCAUUUUGGGCAACGCACCUCAGGUACAGGAAGGAAAGGCCGCCCCACGAAUCGAAAUGGGGCUCCUCGGGUACGUUCGUCGACUACAUAGUGAUGGGCAACGCUGGGGCGUCUCCGAGGGAGGCGAGAUCUGUCAGGGACGGCGCUGUCAGAGAGAGACGACUGACGGAGGAGAUCUCCCUCAGGGAAACUGCCCAGGGUGAAGGUGGUAACGGAAAGGAUGCAGGUGGAAUCACGGACGAAGGUGGUGAUAUCGAUAGUGAAUCAGAGCAUGAAAUUGGUAAUGACGAAGCAGAUGACGAUGAUGGUGGGGAUGGUUUUGAUAAAGGUGAUAGCAGGGAUGGAUUUGAGGAAGAUGAAGAUUAUGAUGAUAAUGAUGACGACGACGAUGAUGAAGAUUAUGAUGAUGGUGAUGACGACGAUGAUGGUGGUGAUGAUGAAGACUAUGACGACGACGACGACGACGACGACGACGAUGAUGAUGAUGCAGAGGAAAUAAGCAAUGCUUUUAAUGGCGAUCACACUGUGGGCGAUGAACUUACUGACAGGGAUAAUGUGAACGUUCAGGGUUUGAUGAGUAAAGGCAAUUUGAUAGAAAACAAUUAUAAAUUAAACAACAGCGUUCACAAUAGCUUAGAAAAUGCUGAUGAUAAUUAUAAUGACGACGGUGAUGAUGACGAUGAUGAUGGCGAUGACUAUGACAAUCAAGAAAAUGAAAGUGGUGAUUAUAAUGAAUAUGAUGAAAAUGAUGAUGAAGAUGAAGAAUAUGGUAAUGAAGAUGAUGAAGAUGAAGACGAUGACAACGAUGAUGAUGAUAGUUUGACAAACGAGGCUGACAAUUAUUAUAAUGAUAAUGAUGAUGAUGAUGAUGAUGACGAGGAAUAUGAUGAUUAUAACGAAGAUGACGAGGAAGAAGCGAGCAACGUUCUCCAAAAUGGAGAGGGAGCAGAAACGACCACAGACUCCGAGACAAAGAGCCCGAGCACCCUCGGCGGUCCUAUUUUGGGCGUCAUUCCAGACCCUCCGCCCUCACCUGAGGGUCAGAGAAUGCAGAGGACCCUCCUCACGAACUCGGAGGCUCCCGGCGCAGUAGCCUCCUCCGGCGGGGAGGUCCUACGCCGAUCGAGGAGACAAGCCGAAGGCUCCACGUCCUACGACUACUCGGGAAAUUACUAUUCCGGCGACUACCCGUACACCGACUACCAAUAUGCCUCCGGGGAUUAUGCCAGCGGCGAUUAUGGCUCUGGAAAUAUAGGAUCCGGGACUGGGCAACAACAGACGGGCGGCUCGGGCAACGGGGACACAAAUUACCAAUACGAAUCGGGCAGCGGAGAUCCGGGUACUACAGUCACAGAUCCUGGGACAACUAAGACACCUGGCGGACAACAAGGGGGAGGCGGAACCAGCACCAUCACUACGAAAAGGCCUACCGUUACGACUGCAUCGCCGGCGGUCACGACGAAACCAACAAGUGCCUCUCCAUCUCCAGCAACUAGUGUUACAAAGAGUCCUACUGUUGUAACUUCCCCCUCUACCACUACCCAGACUACGACAGCAGUCAAACCGACGGGGGUGUCGACUGUAACCUACCCGAGUAUCAAUGGCGGCAUUGUGAAUGUGCCCAUCACUUUUCCCCCUGGGUACACGACCCUCAGACCACCGACGACAGGUUCGGGCGGCGGCGGGUCAAACGUGGUAGGAGUGAACUCAGGUCUUCCUCCAGGAGGAAUUCCUAAUGGGAUUACCAUCAAGACUGGACCGAAUGGAGAAGUUUACAUAGAGAUUCCUCGCGGCCUAAAAUGGAGAGACAUCAAGAACAGCAUCAAGAACAAGACUGCGCGGAAAAUGUGGCGUCAAAUUUUCAAAUCUGCCAAAGCCCUCCAGAAGCAACAGAAACCGCAGGGCGGUGCCCCCAUCAGCGUCGAUGCUGUCCAGGACCCGAACGCCUUCCAGCUGCCCUCUGAUGUCAGUCUGCUGGCCGUCCAGAGCGCCAUUCCAUCCAUGAAUAAGCGCGAACUUAGGAACCUGAGGAGUAAGCUGAUCGGCCUCAGAAUCCAGGCCACGCGCAGUUUGACUAACACUCUGCUGCGGGUUCCAGGCGGCGGCGUGACUACAGCUCCGUCGGGAGUGACGGUGGUGACAUCCUACGACGGAUCGCAGCUGAUCAACAUUCCAGACACGGUGAAAUGGGGUUACGCCCUAGGCACGCUGUCCUCGGAGACGGAGAAGAACAUCUGGAGGCAGAUAUUCGCCGCCCGGAAGGUCAGUAAGCAGGCCAAGGAUGCCAAGUUGUACGAGAUCCGAGAGAGCAUCAGGGUUGUCAACGAACGGCUAUACGCACUGAACGGCCUACGGGGAAUCAGGAGACCAGGGAAGAAAGGGAGGAGGAAGAAGAACAAGAGACUCAAAAGGAAGAGGAAAAAGAAGCGGAAGAAAAAUAUGAAACUCUUCCCCAAGAAGAAGAGAAAUAGGAACAUGAAGAAUUUGGGAAUGAACAAACAAGGUUCCAAAAAGAAAAAUGGUAAAAAAGGAAAUAUGAAAAACAUGAGGGGAAAAAGGGGCAAGAAAAAGAAAAAGAAGAAAGGGAACAAGGCGAAAAAGAAUAAGAAGAAACGCAAAAUGAAGAAGGCCAAGAAGAAAAAGAGGAAAAACAAUAAAGGAAAAAAUGAAUUAGACAUAUUCACAGGUUUAAGACUAUCCUCCCCGAGUAAAGUUCAAGGAGAAAGCAAAAGUGUCAAGAAGAUUCUGAAGAAGGAGAAGAACAAUAAAGCAAAAAAGAAAAAGAAAAUGAAGAAAAAAUUGAGGAAAAAGAAGAAAAAGGCGCUGAAAGGGGAAAACAAGAAAAUGAAGAAGAAACAAGAGAGCGGUUUCCUUCAGCUGGAUACCACAGCGACGAAGAAGACGAAGAAGAAUAAGAAGAAGAAAAAGAGAAAGAAAAAUAAGAAGAAUAAGAAAAAUAAGAAUAAUGAGAUGUUAGACAGCAAUUUCGGCGGCCUAAACCAGAAUAAUUUCCUUGAAACCUCAGUAGACAAACAAAAAAAGAAUAAAAAUAAAAAGAGAAAUAAAAACAAAAACAAAAACAAAAAGAAUAAUAAAAAAGGAAAGAACAAGAAAAACAACAAGAAUCAAGUUGAUUUCUUUUUCUAGUAGAAGUAAGAAUUAGUGAUUGAUCGACCAACAGCAUACUUAAUUCUGAGUUGGGUGGUCCAGGACCAGAAGGCAUAGGAGACUUAUCGCCUUUCUGGAAUUUUUUUAUGUAGAUGCUCCAUUUUGUUUGUUAUUAGGAAUUUUGAUGGGAAGUGUAGUAUGAAGCCUUAUAAAUUUAAAGUAUAAAAAACACACACACACAUACACACACACAUAUACAAAAGCUCUUGGUACCUGUUUCUUCAUUUUGAACUUUCUGUUAAAUUUUUCUUUUCAUUUGAUAUGAUCAUCCAUUUUGUGUAUACAUAUACACACCACACACGCACACACACAUGCACAUACACACA